UGGUGACGUCAUCCCGUUAGCUGCUGGUCCAAUUGCGGGAAUUGGUACUGAGAAACAGCUUGAAUGAAAACGAGUGAAAGACCGACGACUGCUUUAAUAAGCAGUGACGUAAUGACAUGGAGAAAGCCACGUGGCACCGGCGGAAGAUGCGGGUCUCUGACGGACUGAGCGGGCUGACUUUCACUCAGGUGAAGAUGGCGACUCAGGUGUGUGUGACGCUGCUGCUUUUCGCGCUCUCCUCCGCUUCCGGUCCGGACUUCGAGCGCGGCAGGACCGAGCUGCAGCGCGUGCGAAACUUCGCAGCCCACUCCGAAUACGGAGGGUGCUGGGCGCGAGCUCUGGAGCACCUGGACACGCGCUGCAGGGAUAUGACGUCAGAGAGCCAGUCGCGGAUCGCGCUGGGCUUCGCGUUCUGUCACUUAAGCAGUUCAGGCAGGGAUUUCCCAUCAUGCCCUGCAGGGUCAGAAGUCAGUAGGUGUACAGCCCGUAUGGACGCUGUGGCCUUUAACACCUACACCGAGUUCUUCACCCACGCUCACUCCAUCUGUCACUUCCUGCAGUCGGACACCUGGCAGAGCCGGGCUGAGGACACCAUGCACAGGUUGACUGAGAGCUCAGCAGGUGUAGCUGAACAGCUUCAGUCUACCAGGCAGAUGGCUGAGGAGUUAAUUGAUGCACAGACUGCUGCCUUACAGGUGCAGAAGGACAUCCUAAACAACGGAGAUGAGCUGAGGGUCACCCUGAGAGACUCCACCCAGGGCCUUCGGGUGGUGUUCUCUGAGCUCAGCACUGCCUCCAGAGAGCAGCAGGUGGCGCUCUCUGAACUCUUCAACAGAGUUUCUUUCCUGCAGAGCUUCCUGCUAAUGGAAGCUCAAAGUGUGAGCUCCUGCUGCUACAAUGCCGCUGCUCUUUGCACCUCCUUCCUCGUCACCUCCACUCAGCGCUCCUCUCGAGCCAGGUUGCUGUUGUUGUCUCUGGUUUUUGUGAACUUCUACCUGGAGAGGAGGAUCUACCUGAGUGUGAUGAGCUCUGACCACGCUGAACACAAACACAUGGAGCUGGUUGGUGUGUAUGUGAGUGUGUUGCGGCACCUAAUGGUGUGUGUAGCAGUGUGUGUUCUGCUGUAUGUGUGUGUUACCUUCAGAGAUCCUCUGCAGCAGAGUCUUCAGCUCCUGCAGCAACUCCGAGAGACUCAGAAGAGCCUGCAGGAGGCGCUGCAGCACGCAGAGGCUUUGGGGGAGCAGCAGCAGCAGCAGAAGAAGAAGAAGAAUCAGCUGACUGUGAAGAGGGGGGCGGAGAGGAGAAGGGAGGAAAUAAAAAAAGAGGAGAUGUGCAACACCUUGUUGUCUCUAACUGAAGACCAACCAGAACUGUCUCACCUCCCACAUGUUGGUUGGAGUACUGAGAGUAGUCUAUGCAGUACAGUGAGCAAUACCCACAAUGCUGUAGUGCAGAGUCCCUCCAACCAGAAGGCUUCUGUGAGGUCACACAGGCGUUCCCGGGGCUCUGCCUCCUCCCCGCUGGUCUACAGCAUCCUGGUGGAGGGGAAUGAGGCUCGUUACAGCCUGAGGAGCAGAUCGGAGGCUCGCUGAAGGACCGUCUCACGCUGUUCACGUCUGUUUUUAACUUCAUGUCUGAUUAUUAAUAAAAGUUAACUUUACAUUUUAAACAAACGAAUUAACCUGUUGAUUCAACAAUAAAUAUAAAAUCAGCUGAUCAUUAAAUCUGGUUGUAAUAGAACGUAAUGGGUAGGAAUUCACAGACGAUGAUAAUCACUGCAGCUGUUGGGCUAUUUAAAUGAGAUGAGAAUUACAAAAAGAUGUUGAUGUUCUAGAUGGCUGUGACUCUGAGGAAUUUUCAUUCUUGGGGAGGGAUUUUAACUGUACAGAAGACUGGUCUACAGGCCGCAACCACGCAGAGCCUCAUCCAGCUUCGCAGCAUGCUCUGAGGCAGCUGGUCCAGUCUCACGGCCUGGUGGAUGUAGAAGGAUGCACGCAGUCUUCUCCCGGUAUCUACAGCCUCCCUGCACAAUUUUAUAGGACAUUCUGGGAAAUACUUGCACCUGAUAUCCUGGAAGUCUGGUCUCUGGGUCCAUGCCGAUGUUCUGCCGCAGAGCAGUGCUUACACUAUAGCCUAAAAAAAGGAAAUCUGCAGAACAUCGGGCCCUGUGUUUCUACUGUGCAUGGAUUACAAGCUUCUGUCCAGGGUAUUUGCCUCCAGGCUGAGGGAAGCUAUGGAGCAGGUCAUCCUCCGGGACCAGACCGGUCUGUGUGCCCGGCAGGUCCAUGGUAGACAAUGUCUACUUCGUUCCAGAUGUUUUGGAGGUCUCCAGCUCAGCUUUUGAUUGCGUUGAGCACGACUUCCUCCGGAAUAUCAUGGGGACGUUUGGGUUCAGCGCUGGCUUCAUAGCUGAGAUUGAUGGGGAAACAUUCCAAAUGGAAAUGGCUGCUCACUCAGAUGUUGGUUUCAAACAAUCCUGUUUAGACCUUCUCUCAGGCUUUCUAGCCCACAAACAGAGAAAGAUGGUCUACCCUGUUUUUAGCCCGAGAGGAGGGGUGAUAGGGCUUCCUCCCCUUGGCCAGCCAGACGGCCACUUCUAGUUUGCAAAAAUAUCUUCCAUCUCUAGAUGGUUUAGUGUAGCAAGAUGUGACCAGCUGCAUCCUCCGACGUACAGACAACAUGGGGCUGGAUACCACUCUAUUUUUAAUAAUGCUUUCAAUUAUUAUGGGCUGAUUGUGUUUUAAAGACGUGGGCCCUUUUUUAUUCAAAAACGGUGUCCACUGUGUAACUCUGUACUGUUUGUUGAGAGAGCCAUCGAUAUUGCAGGGCCAAGCUGUCAGCAGCAGCGUCAUCGAUGGCCUGACGGGGGCGCUGUGCAAAACCAAGAUAUUGUGCCGGCAGGAGCUGGUGGACGCAGUGGGGCUGAGCUCUCUGAUGGGGCCGCAUUCGGUCCGGGUGACGAGGAGGCUCCUAGAUCUGCGGUGCCAGAGGCUGAUGGAGGAAGAGAGGAGCCUCGUCAUGGAAUAAACCCAGAAGAAGAUGGAGCGGGACCCUGCGGAUCCUUUUCCAGAAAUGUACCUGAGCCCGGGCAAUGGGACCUCACCGCCCCCCUGCUAGCCACAACACGCCCAGAUCAGCUGACUUUACAUGAAGCGGCCAAAAAGAGUAUUAAAUUUUUUUUUUUUAAAGAAGGUAUUUUAACUGUGUGAUUAUAAGAUCUACAGCAGAAGAACACAAGGGACCCCUCCUGUCAGCUAACAGGAAACACACUACAACUCAGUCUCACCCCAAAAACGUACUUUAGCGCAUGCUAACGCAUGCACAUAUUUAUACAUUGUGCUCUUUAGUGUGUAAAUAUAUUUAUUUUUACUCUAUGGUUUCAUUUGACAUCUUUAGCUCUGUGGAAGGAGGGCAUAGCGAGAUAAGAAUGUCAUUGUACAGAGUAACCUGUUAAAUGUACACAUAAAUAUGUUGAAUCUCACAAUGGACAACAGAAGAGUGGACAAACGUCUCCUGGUCUCAUUGCAGCAGCACAUUCAGAUGGUCACAAUGUGGAGUACACAUGAAGGCAUGGAUCCAUCCUGCCUCGUCCCAACGUGUGAUGGUAGGGGGUAUUUUCCUCUUAGUACCCACUGAGCAUGGUUUAGAUGCUGACCAUGUGCAUCCCUUAAUGACCACAGUCAUUACACACAAACAUGACGAUGAGCUCACUGUGCUCCAAUGGCCUCCAAGUCACCACAUCUCAGUGGAGCUCCUUUGGGAUGGAACGGGAGAUUCAUCCUAGACGUGCAGCAGCUGUG